UAUUUUUAUAAGUACUAAUUGGGUAGACAGCAACCCUAUUAGGAUGCACAUCUCCUCGGGAAAUCGAUUUCUUGAUCUGCGGAGACCGGUGUGAGUGAGCGCGCGCGCGUAAUUGUGCGGAGGGCGGGAGCGCGCGACAGGCUUCCCGCGGGUGGAAGCGCCCUUUCCUCACAGAAAUCGAACAAGUGAGAAACUGUUGCUUCUUGGUGAUUUCUUAAGAAAGAGAUUGGAACAUACGAAAUUUAAAUAGUAAUUUACUUACUAGCGAAUCUUUUACAAGAGGUAGUAGUAGUUUCAUAAAGAUAUUAUACGCCUGAAGUAGGCGAGCUGAAAGUGAACUGUGUUAAAAAAGCGGGAAAGGCGGCGAAGAAGCAGCAAAAGGAGAAACCCGGAGAUUUAUCAAGCUGACAACAGUCAGAGCAAGAGUGACCGUUAAAGAAAAACCCGAAGGCGCGAGUUUCUCUGACAGACUCUGAGCUGAGCGCGCACGCGAGAGGAGCUGCGCUGUCGACCGGAGUUACUCAUCAAUUUUCACAUUCUCUGGGAACUUAUCAGGUUUUACAGUUUUGCCAAUUUAAAAACUCAGUCAGUCACAUGUCAAGAUGCCAGAGGAGAUUGAUCUUGGGACCUGAAGUUUGAUGAAGACCAGCAGGGAUUGAAAAUCACCUAGAGUGCUGUGUGAGCUUGCUUUAAUAUCAUUGUGUAUCUCGCCAUCUAUUUACCAUCAGGGUUACAGGACGUUUACAAGCCAACUGCUUAAACCGAACGAUUGAAGGUUUAAGACUGUCAUGAAAGGAGAAAAUUGUUUAUAACGUGGAUUGCUUUCCAUCAUUUUGAAUCACAACCACAGCUUUCUUCUGUGAGAGGAGGGGCAGUUUGUUUAAAUGCUGCAGUGGACAUGGACUUUUCUGGAAAUUUUCCUGAACGCUUCUUGAACUUCUCAUGGAGGCUUAAGCCACACCGCUGUCUCUUCAUUAAUCUUUAGGGAGACGUCACCGUCGCACAGCAACCCCUGAGAAAUACACCUCAACAUCACCUGAUAGAAUCUCCAUCCACGGGCGAAAAUUUGGAGACCCCAAAUCCCACAUGUUGCUUAUAUCAGACAAGCAAUAUAUAUUUAUAUGACAAUAUAAACCCACUGGAUCAUCCAGAAUUGCUGUUUAUAUGGAGCGAUAACUGGGCGUCACUCACAAGAGCGAAUAGGGGUUAGAGGGCUGCCUGUUGUGAUUUAAUGUAGUAAAGCAGAGCAAAAAAAAGAGAAAUUGAACCUUUUAAAGCAAAUGAAGCAACCUUUAUUCCAUGACGGAUAUCUACUUUGUUGCUGGAGUUGUUGCUGGAUGGAAAAACAAUUCUAAGAUACAGCCAGCAUUUUCUCACAUUGUAUUCUCUCGUUAAGAGUUUCUAUUUCACCGUAGUCCUUUUUCCUUCCCAGAGAUCAUUCUGGCCGGGCCUGUUUCUUCUAAAGGAGAGGAGGACUUCCUCUCUAUCGCUGCCUCACGCCUCAGCCGCAGGAAGCGCGUUAUUGGCGCGGCAGUGGGUGUGGCCAUGGUGCUGGUGCUACUGGUCACUAUUCCACUAUUGGUCCACAGCACCAAACUGGGUGGUUCUGGUGGUGGAGGUACACAUUAUGAAAUGCUUGGCAGCUGCAAGAUGGUCUGUGACUCUUUAACACCCACUAAUGAACUAACGCCUGUUUCACCUCCUCCUCGCGACAUCCCUGGACGCAAAGGAGGAGCCAAGUCUGGUUUUCGUGGAAACCAAGGCCUACCAGGUCCCCCCGGUCCACGUGGGCCACCUGGAGAACCAGGAAAACCAGGUCCACCUGGACCUCCAGGUCCAGGCCCUGGGGGAUACAUCCCAUCCUUCUACAGCCCCAAAAUAGCCUUCUAUGCUGGUCUGCGCAAGCAACAUGAGGGGACCGAGGUACUCAAGUUUGAUGAUGUGGUGACAAAUGUUGGGAAUUACUAUGAGCCUACCACAGGCAAGUUCACCUGCCCUCUUCCUGGAAUCUACUUCUUCACUUAUCACGUGCUCAUGAGGGGUGGAGAUGGAACGAGCAUGUGGGCCGACCUCAAGAAAAAUGGACAGGUGAGGGCCAGUGCGAUCGCUCAGGACGCAGAUCAGAAUUAUGACUACGCCUCUAACAGUGUGAUCCUGCAUUUAGAUGUGGGGGAUGAGGUCUGUGUGCAGCUCGAUGGAGGAAAAGUGCACGGUGGAAACACCAACAAAUACAGCACAUUCAGCGGCUUUCUCAUCUACCCCGACUAGCAUACUGUACAAAAACACAGAUACAUGAUCACUUAUUUAAUGCCAGUGAAAAAGCAACAUAUACUAGUGAAACAACAUGAUAUAACAUCAAGAGUCAUUUUAAUUUUCCUUAGAGUAUACUUUCAGAUUUUAAAGUCAACAACACUUGAUGCAUUUGGCUUUAUUAUUUGAUGCAAUUCCAGUUUUUUUUUCAAAGUAAAGAUACUUGAUUGUAUUCAUUGGCAGUUGGAUUGAUUUGUAAAAACAAAGUUGUCUCAGGGGCAUCUAAAUUUUAUCUAGUUCAAUUCAAAACAUCUGUUUUACGUUUAUAUGAAUUUCAGAUGGAGAAAAAAGCUAAAAAUGAAUUAAGAUAACAGACAUUCAUAUGUAUUCUCUGAAAACAAAUCUUACUGAUUAAUUGAUUAAUUUGUUAACAUUAAUUAAUUACAGAUGCUCUAAGCAAAACACACUUGCAGCCAAUCAGCAGUGAGGGGUGUGUUUAAUGAUAAUAAAGAUACAAAGAAGCAUUGGGUUGAUUGGGCUAUGGGCUCAAGUAAUGUUUUGUUGCUUUCAGAUAUAAACAUAAUUUGGCAAAAUGGUUUUAUAACAAUGAACAAUUUUACUGCAUUCAAUAAUCAUACUCGAUGUUGAUAUCAACCAUUUCAAAGACAUUUUAACUGAAUUUAAUGUUACAUCAUAUGUGUGUUACCUUUAUUAACACACAUAGAAGAAAAUGCUGCAAAAUUGUUGCUAACCCUGGGUUAUUUCAACCCAAUUUUGGGUGUAAUAGAGACUAACCCAACCGCUGGAUUAAAUAUUUUAAUUAAGUUACCUUAAUUCAACAUUGGAUUAAUCCACGUUUUAGCCAAAUUCAGUUAAAAUACCCAGCAGUUUUUAUUUUAAUCGCUAGUUUAUGUUAAAGCAUGUUAACAAAUUAGACCUUGUGCCCUUAAUUACUUAUUACUUAAUUAAUGACAUUAUGUAAAGAUUACUUACAAAAUCUAAUUUCGGCAAAGCAAGUUACACUGUA